AGCCAUCGCCUCGCUUCUCUGCUUUAAUAAAAGGCCAACCUUGUAUAUAACCACUUACCCACAGCUGAAACAAGAGAGAGAAAUAAGCGCAGGGGCUAUCAUUUCAAAGCAAAAGCAAAAGCAGAGCUAGGGAAAAAGAAGCAGAAGCAAAUAUAGGGUGCUGUCCAAGGAAGAAGAAGGGUUUUCCUUUCGGUGAAGAAGGAGCCAAGAUGAUGCAGACGGAGCAGCAGCCGCAGCCGCAGCCGCAGCCACAGAACCAGUUAAUGGUUCAAAACUCUGGCAGCCUCAGCUUUAGCAGCCAUAUGUCCAAGGAAGAUGAGGAGAUGUCAAGGUCUGCCCUUUCUACCUUUAGAGCUAAGGAAGAGGAGAUUGAGAGGAAGAAAUUGGAGGUCAGAGAGAAGGUUCAGCUUCAGUUGGGCCGGGUCGAGGAGGAAACCAAGCGUUUGGCCUUCAUUCGUGAGGAACUUGAAGCACUAGCGGAUCCCAUGAGGAAGGAAGUUUCGAUGGUUCGGAAGAAGAUCGAUACAGUAAACAAAGAAUUGAAGCCAUUAGGACAUACCUGCCAGAAGAAGGAAAGGGAAUACAAAGAAGCACUUGAAGCAUUUAAUGAAAAGAACAAGGAAAAAGUACAGCUAAUCACCAAAUUAAUGGAGCUGGUGGGUGAAAGUGAGAGGUUGAGGAUGAAGAAGCUUGAGGAGCUGAGCAAGAGCGUAGAUUCCAUACAAUGAAAUAGAGCCCUAGUGCCAAAGGUUGACUGAUUAGGUUUGUGUGAUGUAUUUAGUAUGACUUUGAUAUUUAUAUAUGGGUGUUACUGUUUUUGGGUUUGGUGUAUUUGUAUGUUGUCUUCCCUUGUUUUCUUUAGCAUUUGAUGAACAUUUAGCUGAUUUAGGAAGGGAAAUACCCCUAUAAACAGGUUUGUAACUAAAUGCAUCCUGCCUGCAUUUUCUUUUCAUUUCACUCAUGUUCAAGAUUGUAACUUCUUCUAUUCUAUUCUUGUUAUUCUUUCAAGUUUCAUGUAAUUUAAGUUUGUUUUUGAGAAAGAAUGGCUUGGAAGUGCCAUUCAUGUAGUCUGUAAAUUAUUUAGUGUCGUGAUGCUAGUACACGAUGCAGUCUGUUUGCAUUGCCAGCUGCUUGAUUAAGACACUAUUAUAUGAUAAAUGCAGUAUGAAUCA